AGACCCGCCAUAAAUACCCACAGCACCCCAACCGCCGCUCGUGCUCUGCAAUUGCCAAAUGCCAUGCCAACUCCCGCACGCCAACACACCCCAUCACCAUGGCCGAUUCCACGCCCAAGAAAUCCAGCAGCAAAGCUUCCGAUCCCGAGCCCAAGACCAAGAGCAAAGCCAAGACUAUCAACGCCGAUGACGCGCGCGCAGGCGAUUUGAUCGCGAAGCCGGCCGGGCAACACCGGCGCCGUGUGCUGCUGCGGCGCGCGUGCUGCGCCCUGGCCGCGGUCACCGCGACGGGCGCCGUGGCGAUUCUGGCGCUGUCUCUCACGGUGCUCAAGGUCCGCGACCCGAGCCUGACCAUGUCGUCCCUCGCCGUGGACCGCUUCCGCGUCUCCUUCCUCCCGCAGCUGCGGAUCAACGCCACGCUCUCCGCGGCGCUCCUCAUCGGCAACCCCAACUACGAGUCCAUGCGCUUCGGCGCCAGCACCACCGAGAUCUUCCUCCUCGACGCCCAUGCCGAUGCCGAUGGCGUCGUGGUCGGCGUGGGCAGCGCGCCCCCGGGGCUGGCAUCGGCGCGGGGCGAGAGCGAGGUGCGAGCCGCCGUGGACGUGUUCGUGGACAGGGUGCUCGCGCCAGAGGUGGUCCGAGAGGUCUUGCUGGGCGGCCGCGGCGAGGUGCGGCUGGCGAGCCGCACGGCGGUGGACGGCAGAAUCAGCGUGCUCGGCGGGCUCUACGGAAGGCGCACCGUGCGCGUCGCCAUGCGCUGCCGCGUCGUGCUGCGCGUGUCGCUGGCCGCCGUCGUCGUCGCCGACGGCUCGCCGUCCUGCGUCGCCGAGUUUGGGCGCUGAGCUUCGUGUUGCGCGAUGUGUUGCUGCUGAUUAAUCUGCUCGUAUUUUUUUUAACCAUCCAUGCCUCCCUCUGGCCUCUGCCUUGCAAGACAACUCUGACGACAUCUUCGUUUCACUAUUUUACCACAUGUUUUAUGAAGAAUUUUCAGCUGAGUAAUGAUGAAAUUGUGAUCCUAGUUUGGAGCGGAUUCUUUUAAUUUCCUGAUUUUGGAAGAUGGAAGAUGUUAAAUGUACACUCCUUUUGACUAAGAGCCAAAGAUAUCAACGUGGCCGUUGAAACAA